CCCAGAAGGGCAGGGCUGAGGAGCCGGGGCGAGGACCACCCCGGCGUGUGGACCCAGCGCCCAGGCCAGAUUCGAGAGCUGCCAGGAGCUCAGACACUGCCCUGAGGGACGCCAGCCCCGAGACCCCGCGGCUAUUCCAGGAACUGGGGGGCCAGGAAGACAGGUGUUCGGCAGCCACUGCGAUGGGCCCAGACCCCAGGCCGGCACCGUACCGGGCCCGAGGGCCUGAGAGUUAUGAGGCCAAGUGUGAACGCCGGCAGGAGGCCCGGGAGAGCCGGCGGCGCCGCCCCAACAUGACCACAUGCCGCCCGGCAGAGAAGGCUCAGCGGGCCCAGCACCGGGAACAGCUCCAGCGGGCACGGCAGCAGCAGCUCUCCCAGAGGAGGUGCCUGGAGGUGGGGGAGCAGUGCGUGGUGACCCCCAGCCCUGGCCAGGCCGCUGAGUUUGGGGAGCCCCCGCCCGGGGCCAGCAGGAUCUCCGCCCCCAGACAACAGGUGACAGGGUCUGGCCCUGAGGCCACGGCAGCCCAGCUUCGUUCGUGCUCGGGCGUCCUGAAGGACCUUGCUGACCAGUUCCCCUCCCAGAUGGGGGGUGCUCCAUCCCAUGAACCCCCACUCAAGAAGCCCCCCCAGCACCACCGCGGCACACAGACGGCAGUGGGCAGAACACAGACGGCCGUGAAGAAGGAUGCCAGCCAACAGACCACCUCUGGAGUUGCGGUUCUCGACAAGGAAAUCAUCCAGCUCUCUGAGUACCUCAAGGAGGCCCUACAAAGGGAGCUGGUGCUGAAGCAGAAAAUGGUGAUUCUCCAAGACCUCCUCGCCACCCUGCUCCGGGCCUCCGACCACUCCUGGAAGGGCCAGCUGGACGAAGACAGGCUGAAGGGCAGACUGAGAGCCUUAGAAAGCCAGCUGCGCACCUGUACCCAGAAAUCCUCCCCGGGGGGCAUGAAAAGGGCGCUGAUGGAGAUGGAAGAGCAGAGGAGCAGCUAUGAGCAGAAGGCCAAGGAGACCCUGCAGAAGGUGCUGGAAGAGAAGCUGAAGGCGGAGCAGCAGCUGCAGAGCACACAGAGGUCCCUGGCUCUGACUGAGCAGAAGUGUGAGGAGUGGAGGCGCCAGCACGAGGCUCUACAGGAGGAGUGGAGGCGCCUGGGCGCCCAGCACCGUGAGCUAGAGAGCCAGCUGCACAUCCUGCAGUCCCAGCUGCAGGGAGCUGACAGCAGGGACUGCCAGAUGAACCAGGCGCUGCGGCUGCUGGAGAGAGAGCACCAGGAGCUGCAGGCCACCAUGGACCACCUGCAGGGGGGCACAGACGUGGGCAGGCCGGCCUCCCUGGCCUUGCAAGAUGAGCUGAGGAGGUCGGAGGAGGAGAAGCAGGCCCUGCAGGCGCAAGUGGAGCAGUUGCAGGGUCUACUCCAGGAGAGAGCUCUGCAGCUCCAGGAACAGGGGAAGCUCCUGGCAAAGAAAGAUCAGGCUUUGCCUGUGUGGAGUACAAAUUCCUCCCGCCAUGAAGUGGACUCCGAGGACAUGGAGGAGAAAGGCUGGGAUUUCAGAGACCAGCUGCAGAAGGCAACGCUGCAGCUCCAGGCCAAGGAGCAGGAGUGCAGAGAGUUGCGUUCCGAGCUGGACAACCUCAGCGACGAGUACCUCUCAUGCCUGCACAAGCUGCAGCACUGCCGCGAGGAGCUCAACCAGGGCCGGCCACCACCUCCCAGGAGGCAAUGCGGCAGGUGGCUCCCAGUGCUCGUGCUGGCAGUGGCUGUGGUGCUGGCCAUGCUCCUGGCCAAUGGGAAGGAGUGGUGACAAACGACCCUGACAGCCAUCCUGGGUGAAACUCAGAGGCAAGAAACACCCUUGAGAGCUCAGGUUUGGGCACUUGCAAGUUUGGGUUUUUCCAACUCAACAGAGAUUUCUGACAUUUUUUUUUUUAACCUAUUAUAAAAUAA